GUCGUGCCGCACCACGAAUAUAUUGCGGUAGAGUGAGCAGUUUAGGUUUUAGAACGUUUUAACGGGUAUUCAAUACUUCAUUCUCGUACAGUAUCAUAUAGAACGUAAUCAGGACUCUUUAUAAACGCGGAAUUAACUUUCAUUUUAUAUUUUAAGGCGUAAAUAACUGAAUGUGACGAUUUAUUUUUCCGGUCAGCUGUUCCGGACUGGAACGGCCUCUUGCAUACAGAAAAUGGGAGCCAUUUUGAUGUAGCUUGUCAAUGGCUUUAAUGGGUUUUUUUCACGGCUUUAUUAUCAUAAUUUAUGCACGGUUUUAAGUUCCCGAGAAAUAUACAUUUUUAGUGUAAAGUGUUUUUAAAGUUAUAAAAAUGUCGGGUGAGCAACGUGAGCGUGAAAUAGCUGCAGAAGACAGCAUAAAAGUGGUCUGUCGAUUUAGGCCUUUGAACGAUUCCGAAGAAAAAGCAGGUUCAAAAUUCAUAUGUAGAUUUCCGUCUGGACCUGAGGAUAAUUGUAUAUCUAUUGGGAGCAAGGUGUUUCUUUUUGACAAAGUCUUCAAACCAAGUGCAACACAAGAGAAAGUUUACAAUGAGGCUGCAAAAUCGAUUGUCUCGGAUGUGCUAUCUGGUUUCAAUGGCACCAUUUUUGCUUAUGGGCAGACAUCAUCAGGCAAAACGCACACGAUGGAAGGUGUGAUCGGUGACCCUGUGAAACAGGGUAUCAUUCCAAGGAUAGUGAAUGACAUCUUCAACCACAUUUAUGCAAUGGAGGAAAAUCUGGAGUUCCAUAUCAAGGUGUCUUACUUUGAGAUCUAUAUGGACAAAAUCAGGGAUCUCUUAGAUGUGUCAAAAGUCAACCUUAGUGUACAUGAAGACAAAAAUCGGGUCCCAUUUGUGAAGGGUGCAACUGAACGGUUUGUUUCAAGUCCAGAGGAAGUCUUUGAAGUUAUUGAAGAAGGAAAGUCAAAUCGACAUAUUGCUGUCACAAAUAUGAAUGAACACAGUUCACGUUCUCAUAGUGUGUUUUUGAUCAAUGUUAAACAAGAAAAUUUGGAAAAUCAGAAGAAAUUGUCUGGUAAACUUUAUCUUGUUGACUUGGCUGGUAGUGAAAAGGUUAGUAAGACAGGAGCAGAAGGAACAGUACUGGAUGAAGCCAAGAACAUCAACAAGUCACUGUCAGCUCUUGGGAAUGUCAUUUCGGCUCUUGCUGAUGGAAACAAAACACACAUUCCAUAUAGGGAUUCAAAACUCACUCGAAUCCUGCAGGAGUCCCUUGGUGGAAAUGCUCGUACUACCAUCAUUAUCUGCUGCUCACCUGCGAGUUUCAAUGAGGCUGAGACUAAGUCAACCCUUGAAUUUGGCAAACGCGCAAAAACUAUCAAGAAUGUUGUUUGUGUGAAUGAAGAAUUGACAGCAGAAGAAUGGAAGCGUCGCUAUGAAAAGGAGAAAGAGAAAGUGGCUAGACUAAAGGGAAAGCUGGAGAAGUUGGAAUUGGAACUAAGCAGGUGGCGUUCAGGAGAAACGGUGAAUGUUGAGGAACAGGUUAAUUUGCAGGAACCUCUGGAAGCUGUCACACCUGUUACCCAGCCUGCCGAAGUUAAGAAGGAUGUUGUACUUGGGCCAAUGCCUGCUACCCCUGGUGGUGGCAUCAUGAUGGGCUCUCUGUCCAAUGAGGAGCGGCAGAAACUGGAAGAGGAGCGUGAAAGUCUGUACCAGCAGUUGGAUGAGAAAGAUGAAGAAAUCAACCAGCAGAGUCAGUUUGCAGAGAAGCUUAAGGAACAGAUGAUGGAACAGGAAGAGUUGAUUGCAGCAACAAGGCGAGACUAUGAAUUGCUGCAGCAGGAGAUGAACAGGAUCCAGCAGGAAAAUGAAAGUGCCAAGGAGGAAGUAAAAGAGGUUCUGCAGGCUCUGGAGGAGCUGGCUGUCAAUUAUGAUCAGAAAUCACAGGAAGUGGAGACAAAGAACAAAGAAUAUGAGACCCUUACAGAAGAACUUAUGCAGAAACAGUCUGAUCUGAACUCCACUUCAUCUGAACUGCAACAGUUGAAAGACAUGUCAACACACCAACGAAAGCGAAUAACUGAAAUGUUGACCAAUCUCUUGAAAGAUCUGGGUGAAAUUGGUGUAGCUAUUGGUGGAGAUGGGGAUAUGAAGUUUCAGGUUUCUACUGACAGCAGUGGUGGUAAACUUGAGGAGGAGUUCACAGUAGCAAGGCUAUACAUUUCAAAGAUGAAAUCAGAAGUGAAGAACUUGGUGCAGAGGUGUCAGGGUCUUGAAACUUUCCAGUCUGAUUGCAAUAAGAAAAUCACUGAAUAUGAGAAGGAUUUGGCCGACUGUCGGUUGCUGAUCUCACAGCACGAGGCCCGUAUGAAGACGCUCCAGGAGUCUAUGCGUGAGGCUGAAAACAAGAAGCGUACACUGGAAGAAGAUGUGGAUGCACUCAGGGAGGAGUGUGCCAAACUGAAGGCUGCUGAGCAAGUUCAUGCAGUAUCCAGUAAGGAAAAGGCAGAAGAAAAAGAGCAGGCAAACAAGAUGCGGGUAGCCCUGGAGGUGCAAAUGGAUCAACUUCGUGAUGCCCACCAGAAACAAGUGGCAGCUCUCAGAGACGAAAUUAUGGAGAAGCAAGCAUCAAUCAGUGAGCUGAAAGAUUUGAACCAGAAGUACACGUUGGCCCAUCAGCAGAUGCAGCAGGAUUAUGAGAGGCUCAAACAAGAGGAGAAUGACAAGAGUAAUAAGCUGCAGGAACUGAUUCUGACAAAUGAGAGGCGGGAACAGGCUCGUAAGGACCUUAAGGGGUUGGAAGAUACUGUUGCUAAGGAACUUCAGACACUCCACAAUCUCAGGAAACUGUUUGUCCAGGACCUCCAAGCUAGGAUUAAGAAGUCUGUAAAUGCUGAGGAUAGUGAGGAUGAUGGAGGCUCAUUGGCACAGAAACAGAAGAUUAGUUUCCUGGAGAACAAUUUGGACCAGCUGACAAAGGUUCACAAACAGCUGGUUAGAGACAAUGCAGAUCUUCGAUGUGAGCUGCCUAAACUGGAGAAGAGGUUGCGUGCCACAAUGGAAAGAGUGAAGGCAUUGGAAUCUGCAUUGAAGGAUGCUAAGGAGGGUGCUAUGAAGGAUAGGAAGCGCUACCAGUAUGAGGUGGAUCGAAUUAAGGAGGCUGUGCGGCAAAAGAACUUGGCCAGGAGGGGGCCUAGUGCACAGAUAGCAAAACCAAUUCGUGCAGGACAACACCAUAUCCAUCUGGGAGCUCCGGGUAGCAUACGAGGAAAUGCCAUUGUGUCUGGGGCUUAUAGUAGGCUUAUAUCUGAUGAGGAGCUGAGAAAGAAGAAGAUCAUGGCAGGUGGCAAUAGAGAAAUGAACGAGAGCUGAGGGGCCUCAGGUGAGCUCUAGGUGCUACGUGUAGGAGGAUUAACCAUUUUAGGAAACAACACAACACACUAAAGAUCAUGUAUUAUUAAAUAUAACACUCAAUUAUAAUAUAAUUAUAUUUCACUGUAACUUUGUCUUACAUCUCUCUGCAGUGCAAAGCCUGAACACACUUAAAAAAUUCCUCUCAUUGAAUUAUUUGGCAAGAUGAGAAUUAAAUUCACUUUGCAUAUUGUCUGAUUUAUGAUGCAAGUAGAUUACAGUAUCAUGAUGAAACUGCUGAUUUGCAAAGGAUUCCAUUUGUGGUGUUUUUCCCACAAUCAUUGCGUGAUACUGUGGCUCUUUCAUUAUGAAUGGCAGCGAUUUACAUUGGAAGUUUUUUAAAUAUGCUAACAAUGACACAGUAAUAAUAAUUAAUAAUAAAUGCUUUCUGUGGGUUUGUAUACAACCAAAGACUGGAAAAAUGAGUGCUGCAGCACUGUCUAAAUUCAACCAGUUUCUUCACCUAAUUAUGAUCUUAUCUUGUUCCUGGCUUUAUGUAAAAGCAAGACACGUAUAAUUAAUAUAACAGCUGUAGGUGAAACACAUGAUUUCACACAGAUACAGUUAAAUAAUGCUUCAUAAAAAAUUGGAAACUUUAUGCAGCUCUUGUUACAAGAACAGUGUAAAUUAAUCCUAUCAAAGCAGCAA